AUGCCCCGUAUCAGAGUGCAUCUUAAUCCGGAUUACUACAUACAAGUUAACUUCUUGAAAUCGACCAUUCCUGUGGUGCCUAAAACGAUUUUUGUCGACGACGAUAACAUACAAGCGCUCAACAUAACCAACUGCGCUGUGGAGACUCUCUUGCCGAAGACAUUCGAAAAAGCAAGCUCAUUAGAGUUUCUCUGGCUAGAUGAUAACAAAAUUAAAGUUCUGAAGGAAUUUGCUUUCAAAGGUGCUUCACAACUGAAAGUGAUCUCACUGGUCAACAAUCGCAUCAGAGUGGUUUCAGAGGAGGCAUUCAGAUAUCUGCCCAAGUUAGAAAAUCUGGACUUAUCCAAAAAUCAGAUAAAAUCGCUCCCAGCAGAUAUGAUAGAAAACAAAUUCAAACUGACAUUGAUAAAUUUAGCCGACAAUCUUCUCACAUCCAACAAUCGGUUCGAAUCGAUUGAAUCUGAUGCAUUCCAUAUUUUGACCGCGCUGAAUGUCCUCGAUCUAUCGAAGAAUAACCUUAAAGAGCUACCAAAAGAUGUCUUUACAUUUCUUGCUGAAUUGUAUCACUUGACUCUGGAUAACAACACGAUAUCGCACCUUUCUCCAGCGAUACUAGCUAACCUGCCCGUUUUGAAGCAUUUCUCCAUCAAACACAAUCGUCUUCAAACGCUUGAUGAUAACCUGUUUCGCAACAACACUGCUCUCGAAGUACUCGUGCUACAAGGAAACGAUCUGCAGCAUCUCAAUCCGGCAACAUUCGAGCCACUAGGACGAUUGAUGUAUCUGCAGUUGGAUGAAAAUAUGUUACAAACGCUGGAUGCACACGUGUUUUCCAAUCUCGGCGAACUAACCGAUUUAUAUCUGAGCGGAAACAGAAUCGAACAUCUUAAAGCAGGAACGCUAAAAGGAGUACCAAAGCUGACGAUGUUACACAUAAAUAGCAAUUCUGUCAAGAGAAUUGAUGCUCACUUCUUGGAUGAUGUGCCAGCGUUGCAGACGUUUAGUGUGAACGAUAACUUCCUCACUACGAUCCCCCAAGAACUUUUUGACCGAACAUUGAACUUGACGGAGAUAUCCUUGAUAAAAAAUGCAAUACACAAGCUACAGCCGGAACUUUCUCUGAAGCAAAAUCUCUUAACUGAGAUACCGAAGGCAAUCACCAAUCUGACUAAACUAGAGAGGUUAUGGCUUCAUGAAAAUCGCAUCCGAGUGCUGGACGCAGGACGAUUUGGUGGUCUCGAGCAACUGCAAUUUCUGAAUCUGGAUGACAAUAGUAUCGUUCAAGCCGACGACGGCUGCUUCCGUGGUCUUAAGAUGUUGACAGAACUUUUCUACAGAAAUACUGAUGUUACCCCACGGGAUGUACUGUACGAGCUUCCGAGUCUUCAGAAACUGAACUUGGGACUCAAACAAAAGCCGCCGUCAAAUUAUGCACGAAACAUUGCUGAACUUCUUCUAAAUCGAUCGGACGUUCAGAUCCCAACAAAUCUACUUUCGCUGGAAGUGCUGGAGCUUUCUUCCUUCGGUAUUACAACCAUCAACCAACGAUUCUUCGAAGGAAUGUCACAGCUUAAGUCUAUCAAAUUGUUUGACAAUCCUUUGGAGAAAAUCGAUGUUCAGACCUUCUCCAACAUGAAAAAUCUAGAGGAAUUGACAAUAGCUACAUACAGCGGCGAGCUAAAGAAUAUUUUUGACAGUAACAAGAAGCUGGAAACAUUUGAUGUAGCAAACGCUAAUUUUAGCUCUCUUCCGGUCGAGUUUUUCCGCUACAACAAGGCGUUGCAUACAAUAGGGAUCCGAUACAACCGUAACUUCUCGCACCUUAGUUCGCGCUGGUUUGAGCAUACGGAUAAUUUGGAUAUUUUGGAGCUGCAAUACAACAAUAUCUCAAGUGUGGAACCGGAAUUUUUUGAAGUUGUAGAUCAGCUGAGCGAAUUACACCUCAUUGGCAAUCCACUGCGCACAUUGCAUGAGGAUGUUUUCUAUCACGUUCCAUUGCUUCGAUUCUUGGAUCUAGAUGAGACUCUUCUCUUCACCAAUAUGGAUAUUGCAUUCCGAUUCCCCAACCUCCAGGAACUGAAUCUAACGCUUACUAGGAUCACCGAGUUAGAUCUGGCGCGCGUGGCCGUUCUGCUACCACGUUUGCAAGUGCUGAACGCUUCCGAUUGUGUCAUUGAAUCGCUUGGCCCCAUCAAUAACGUUAACCAUAAACGGCUUUACUCAUUGGACAUUUCCAACAACACGCUAUCGGUCGACGAGCUACGAAAGAGGAAGUGUUCCCUGGCUGACGCGCUAAUUAUCGUGCAAGUUAUCGUCAUCUCCGACUGA